AUGGCGCUGGGCUCGGCCGCGCUGCCCGCUCGGAACAUGGGGGGCGGCGGUCGGGGGGCGCGGGUCCUGCUGCUGCUGCUGCUGCUGCUCCUCAGCGGCUGCUUGGGCGAGCAGCCCCCGGCCGCCGCCGGCGUCCCCUCCGCCUCCUCAGCCGGGGACAGCGGGGCCCCGGGCGACGCGGAGGAGACGGUGAUCAUCGGGCUGCGGCUGGAGGACACGGACGACGUCUCCUUCAUGAAGGGGGGCGCGCUGCGGGUGAGCGAGCGGACCCACGUCAAGCUGCGGGUCUACGGGCAGAACAUCAACAACGAUACCUGGACCCGCAUCGCCUUCACCGAGCACGAGCGGCGGCGGGGCGGGCGGCCGCCGGCCGAGCAGGAGGACGGGCCGCCGGAGAGCAGCUCCCCGCAGCGCUGCGGGAUCCGCACCUCGGACAUCAUCGUCCAGCCGCGCAUCGAGCUCAACCGCCGCACCUCGGGCAUCAUCGAGAUCGAGAUCAAGCCCCUGCGCAAGACCGAGAAGAGCAAGUCCUACUACCUGUGCACCUCGGUGUCGGGCCCGGCCGCGCUGGGGGCCGCCGGCCCCCCCGGGAGCGGGUUGGUCGGGGCCGAGGGCCCCGCCGGCCCCCCGCCCUGGACCGAGACCACCUGGAUCUACCACGAUGGCGAGGACACGAAGAUGAUCGUGGGCGAGGAGAAGAAGUUCCUGCUGCCCUUCUGGCUGCAGGUGAUCUUCAUCUCCCUGCUCCUCUGCCUCUCUGGCAUGUUCAGUGGUCUCAACCUGGGCCUCAUGGCCCUGGACCCCAUGGAGCUGCGCAUCGUGCAGAACUGCGGCACCGACAAGGAGAAGAACUACGCCAAGCGCAUCGAGCCAGUGCGCCGCCAGGGCAACUACCUGCUGUGCUCCCUGCUGCUGGGCAACGUGCUGGUCAACACCACGCUCACCAUCCUGCUGGAUGACAUCGCUGGCUCCGGGCUGGUGGCUGUCGUGGUCUCCACCAUCGGCAUCGUCAUCUUCGGUGAGAUCGUGCCACAGGCCAUCUGCUCCCGUCAUGGCUUGGCCGUGGGUGCCAACACCAUCUUCCUCACUAAGUUCUUUAUGAUGAUGACCUUUCCAGCCUCCUACCCUGUCAGCAAGCUGCUGGACUGCGUGCUGGGCCAGGAGAUCGGCACGGUCUACAACCGCGAGAAGCUGCUUGAGAUGCUGCGGGUCACCGACCCUUACAACGAUCUGGUCAAGGAGGAGCUUAACAUCAUCCAAGGGGCACUGGAGCUGCGCACCAAGACAGUGGAGGAUGUGAUGACCCCACUCCGAGACUGCUUCAUGAUCGCUGCUGAGGCUGUUCUGGACUUCAACACCAUGUCUGAGAUCAUGGAGAGUGGCUACACUCGCAUCCCUGUCUUCGAGGGCGACCGCUCCAACAUUGUGGACCUGCUCUUCGUCAAGGACCUGGCCUUUGUGGACCCAGAUGAUUGCACCCCGCUCAAGACAAUCACUCGCUUCUACAACCACCCACUGCACUUUGUCUUCAAUGAUACCAAGCUUGAUGCCAUGCUGGAGGAGUUCAAGAAAGAUAUAUCUCUGGCACAAGAUGGCUCUCUAAAGAAGAAUGAACAUUAGUGGGGCAUGAAGUUAUCAACCGGGCAAGGGUGUACAAAACUAACUGCCUAAUACAUGGUGCCUUAUUCUGAGCAGCCUAAUGGUUACUGAAACUACUGCUAUAGAGUCCAAUGUCACAUGCUCUCUAAUCCUGCUCUGGCACACGAGUUUUUAAUAAUUUUCCUACUGUGUCAGAGGCACUAUAAUCCUUUUAUCCUGUGCCUCUUGGUUUUCAUUUUCAAAUUGUAAAAACUCAGUUUUUAGUUGAAUAUGGGUGUUAAAUAUUUCUAAUUUUGCUAUGCCACAUGAAAUCCAUCUGUGGCCAUUUGGGAAGGCAGAGAGGAGCUACCUAUUUACCCUGCACUAAUGGCAAUCGGAGACUAGGCUCUCUAGCCAGCUAAGGACCCCUGGGCUCUAUUCAUGGCUCCACUAGAAGCUUGCUUUGCCAUCAUCAUGAAGAAAUCAUUUAACAGUUCUGUGCUUCAGUUUCCCCAUAAGAAUGGCC